AAUUUUUUAAUAGAUGAAUCGAGUACGCAUUUUAGCUAAAGCCAUCAAGUGUGAUGUUGAUGAAAAGCUGACUGUCAGAACUCGAAAAGUUCUAACUGACAUUGGAAUAAUUUCUACGUUUGUAAAAAUUUCAUCAAAUGAAUUAAAAAAAAUAUUUAAAAAAAGUCAGAUGGAUCCUGGCAGAUUUUUAUGUGAAAUUUAUCGCUCUAUUACAGGGAAUUAUUUUGAAGAAGAACGCAAUAAAAAAUUUUAUGACUGCAAUCAGAGGCUUGUUUUAACAGCAAUUGCUUUUUUGUAUCUUCCGGAAACUAUCAUUGAAUUGCAUCGUCGAUUACCAAUAACAAAAAGAAAUGAUUCUUCAUAUUCACAAAAAAAUUUUCCACCAGUUAAAUCACAACAGAAAUCUGCUAAAUCACCAUACUUAAAGUCUCUCCUGGAAGAAUAUAAUUUAAUAUUACAAAAAAAUGAGCAAUUAAAAUCUCAAAAAAUUGAUAAAUUAAUUGCCAAACCUCGAGUGAUAUUACCUCCUUCUGACUUAGUCCUGAAGUCUGAAAAAUUGAAACGAUCAAGUCAAAAAAAUUUAAAGAAGAAUAAUUCUCAAAGCAGUUAUAAAAAAUUACGAUUAUAUUCAAGUAAAAGUAUCGCUAAAAAAAAUUCUUCACAGCUUACAGCUCGUAGUAACAAUAAUAAAAAAAUAGAAUUUAAUGAAUAUGAUCCAAGAAUUGUAAAAAUUUCUAAAGAAAAUGAAGAAAACAAUUUUGAAGAGAAAGAAAAUAUUUAUUUUAAUACUUUUGGAUUAAAAGAUAAUUUUUUUACUUUAUCAGAAAAUUCUUUUAAAAUAAAUGAAAUAAAUCAUUUGCAUCGAAGAAAAUAUUUAUCAAAAAAUUGGGAAGAAUCUAUGCGAAAUGUCGAUGAAGACUUUGUAAUUUUGUCAAAAAAAGCUAAUGAUAUUUUAAAAAAUUUUUAUAAAACAACUCGUAGGAUUUUUAAUGUCGAUCUUUGCAGCAAUUGUUGCUCACAAAAAUCUAAAAUUCCAACAAAGAAGAAAACUAAAAAUUUAUUAAUAAAUUCUUUAAUAUUAGACGGAAAUUAUAGAAGAAAAUUUAUUGGCUCUGUAACUUUAAACUCACCUUUACAAAGUUUACCUGCUUCUAAGCAUAGCUUCUCACAAGAACCUACUCUUUCUGAAGAUAAAUUAAUUAAGAAGAAUAUAAUUUGUGGCUCAAUAAUAAUUGAUGGAAAAUUGGUAAAUCAAAUUGGAGGGAUUUGUAAAGAUCGUUUACAUAUUUUGCAUAAAAUUCCUUAUUCGGAGAGAAUUAAGAAUAUUUUACCGUGCAAUUGUUAUUGUACUGAAGAAAACAAAGAAGAAAAUGAAACUGACAAUAAAAUUGAUAAAUUAAAAUGUCAGCAGUGCUUUGAUGAUAUUAAUCCAAGUUUAAAAAAUUUUUUUUUAGCAAACGAAGUAAAGAAGAAUAUAGAAGAACAAACUUUUGAGCGAAUUGAUCACACGACUUGCAUUCAAAGGUUUUAUACUGAUGAUAAAAAAAAUGUUGAGAAAAAAAAGGAAACUUGUAUGAAGUGUUUGAAUUUUCCGGAUAAAUGUAAAAGAAAUCCUCUUGAAGAAAUACUAAAAUUUGUUGAAGAAGAUCAGAUUAAAUUAUACAAAAAUAAUAUUAAGUUUUCUAUUAGAGGAUUGAAACAAAUCCCUGAUAAUGAAACGAGUUGUAAGCCGGUUAUUUCAAAUAUAAUUUUAUGUACACCUAAAAUAAUUACACCUAUUUCUAGUAAGUCAGAUUUAACUUUAUAUUCUUCUUUGAGUAAGAGUAAUAAUGUGGCUGAAAUAAAAUUAAAUGACGUUAAAAAUGAAGGUGAAAAAUUAUCUGGUAAAGAAAAAAUUGCUAAAAUUAUUAAGGAUAAUAAAAAUAAAGUUAAAGAAGAAAUGAUGGAGUUAUAUAAAAAACUUGAAGAGUUAGAUAAUAUUAAAAAUAAAUUAAAUAAAAAUUUGGAAAUAAUUAAAAGUGAUCCUGCGAUAAAGGACUUGGACUCUAGUGUGAUAAAAAAACGAUCUAAAAAACAGAUAGCUGGAAAAAACGUAAAAAUGAAAAAGAAGGAUAUUAAGUUAAAAGAAAUUGAUAAUAAAGCUAAUAGCGAGAAAUUUGAUGAAGAAAAUUUGGAAAUAAUUGAAACUGAUUCCAAAAAUGUAAUAAAAAAACAGAAUGCUGAUGUAAAAAAUAAAAUAAAAAUGGAAAAGAAGUUAAUGUCAGAAGAAACUGGAGAUACUGAUGCUUAUAGUGAAGCAUCUGAAGAAGAUAAAGAAAAUUCCGAUUUUGAUAAAAAUAUAAUUAAUGAAGUAAAAAAAGACGGAGACUUAUCGAAACAUAACAAUAAUUUAAUUACUUUGAUGAAAAUUGCACUGAAAGAAAUGGCUAAUGAAAAUUUCCUACUUGCAAAAUUACCGGAUUGUGAUAAACUGCCUCAACUUCGAAUGUGGAUUAAGUGUCGAAAAGGAUUUGUUUCACCUCAUUUAGAGAAAGAUGAACUUCGAGAUAAAAUUCAAAAUAUCGGUAAUGAACAAUUUGAUGAGACAUCAAAAAUUGUGGCUCCACAAAUAAAAUUGGAUAAAUACCUAGAAACGUUAAAUUACAAUGAUAUAAAUAAAUUAGAAAAUCUUGUUGAAAUGAAAAAGAAACUGUUUUACAGCAAAGUAAGAAAGUCAAGAGUAAAUGUAUCACGUUCUGCGUGGAACCAAUUGCAAUUUGACAAUUGUACGUCAGAUUUAUUAUUUAAAAGAUCUUAUUUUAUUUAUCAACCGGCUAAAGAAGCAGAUGGAUUUAUAUUGAAGCCAUACGGAUUGCAAUCUUCAAAAAAAAAAAAGAAAAAUAAAAAGUCUAAUUGA